UUCUAUAAAUGGUAGGGCAAUCCUUGGCGCCUGUCUCCCCACACCAUCUCUGACAUUCCCAGAGGAGCCCCAGGAAAGGCAGAAGAAGCUGACCAUGAGUGCUUUAGAGAUCCAAAAUGUCAACUGGCAGAUGUCUGCGAAUCGGAGAGCCCAUCACACCGAGAAGUUCUCCAGCCAGGACCUCAUUGUGCGGAGAGGAUUCCCCUGGGAGAUGGUAUUGUUUGGCAACCGAAGCCUUGGGUCUGGAGACGAUCUGAACUUCAUCGUUUCCACAGGUCCCCAACCCUCAGAGUCAGCCAGGACAAAGGCUGUUUUUUCAGUCUCUGGGAGAAACGCAAGUGGCUGGAGUGCAGAGCUCAAAGCCAACAAUGAGAAUAGUCUGAACAUUGCUAUUGCCAGUCCUGCCAAUGCCCCAAUCGGAUGGUACACCCUACACCUUGAGAUCUCCUCCAACGGCAGGGUCUCCUCUCUGAGACUCGGCACCUUCAUACUGCUGUUCAACCCAUGGCUGCAAGCGGAUGAUGUCUUUAUGAGUAACCACGCUGAAAGACGAGAGUAUGUUGAGGAAGAUUCUGGCAUCAUCUACGUGGGCAGCACAAAUCGAAUUGGCAUGGUUGGCUGGAAUUUUGGACAGUUUGAAGACGACAUCCUGAACAUCUGCCUCUCCAUUUUGGAUAGGAGUCUGAAUUUCCGUCGAGACCCUGUUACUGACGUGGCCCGCAGAAAUGACCCCAAAUACGUUUGCCGGGUGCUCAGUGCCAUGAUCAACGCCAAUGACGACAGCGGUGUCAUUUCUGGGAACUGGAGCGGCAAUUAUUCAGGUGGCGUGGACCCAAGGACGUGGAAUGGCAGCGUGGAGAUCCUCAAGAACUGGAAAAAAUCUGGCUUCAGGCCAGUCCAAUAUGGCCAGUGCUGGGUCUUUGCUGGUACCCUCAACACAGCGCUGCGUUGCCUUGGGGUUCCCUCUCGGGUGAUCACCAACUUCAACUCAGCUCACGACACAGACCGAAACCUCAGCGUAGAUGUGUACUAUGACGCCAUGGGAAAUCCCCUGGAGAAAGGCAGCGACAGUGUGUGGAAUUUCCAUGUCUGGAAUGAAGGCUGGUUCGUGCGGCCUGACCUAGGCUCCCAAUAUGAUGGAUGGCAGGUGCUAGAUGCCACCCCCCAAGAGAGAAGCCAAGGUGUGUUCCAGUGUGGUCCUGCUUCAGUCAUUGCAAUCCGAGAGGGUGACGUGGACCGGAAUUUUGACAUGGUCUUCAUCUUCGCUGAGGUUAGUGCUGAUCGCAUCACUUGGAUCCAUGAUACUAGGACUGGCAGCCAGAAGCAGAAUUCUUUGGACACUCACUCCAUCGGCAAAUACAUCAGCACCAAGGCAGUGGGCAGCUACUCUCGCAUGGAUGUCACAGACAAGUACAAGUACCCUGAAGGUUCCAGUGAGGAAAGGCGGGUGCAUGCAAAGGCUUUGAGCAAACUCAAGCCUACUGCAUCUUUCAGCCCAACGUCCACAAGGAAUUUGGCAGGGGAAGAAGGGGCACCCAGCAUUUCUGGGAGGUUCAAGGUCACUGGUGUACUGGCAGUCGGCAAAGAAGUCAGUCUGGCCCUGAUCCUUAAAAACCUGACUAAUGAUAGGAAGACAGUGACAGCGAACAUGACAGCCUGGACCAUCGUCUACAAUGGCACCCUCGUCCAUGAAGUAUGGAAGGACUCCGUCACAAUAUCCUUGGAUCCUGAAGAAGAAAUACAGCAUCCUGUGAAGAUUCCAUACUCUAUGUACGAUAGAUACCUGAAGGCAGACAACAUGAUCCGCACCACAGCCAUAUGCAAAGUGACCGAUGAGGCUGAGGUGCUGGUGGAGCGCGAUGUCAUCCUGGACAACCCUACUCUGACCCUGGAGGUGCUGGACCAGGCUCAGGUACGGAAGCCUGUGAACGUGCAGAUGCUCUUCUCCAACCCCCUGGACGAGCCAGUGAAGAACUGUGUGCUGAUGGUGGAGGGCAGUGGCCUGCUGCGUGGCAACCUCAAGAUCGAUGUGCCAGCCCUGCGGCCCAAGGAGAAGUCCCGGAUCCGAUUUGAGAUUCUUCCCACCCGGAGUGGCACCAAGCAACUGGUCGCUGACUUUUCCUGCAAUAAGUUCCCGGCCAUUAAGGCUAUGCUGUCCAUUGAUGUGGCUGAGUGAAGGGCCCAGAGGCACUCCCACAAACUCGAGUGACGCGGGCCAGACAGCGCUCUCCUGUGGAGUGAAAAGCUGCUGCCCAUUCUGUCCAGCCUCAGAAGGCCUCCGUGUCCCCAAGGCUGCCAGACAUGGACUUCUAGCAAGCCCCUCACCCAACCCCCUUCACCUCAAGCUAGGCCAGGUCCGCCCUGGUCUAGGACUUGAUCAUUUUUUGCACAUUUUCCUCAUUGCUUCCCUUGGAGAUGCCUGUUCUGUGAGCCCUUGCCUCC